GUUUUGCAGGUUGUGAUGUAAUAUUUGAAUUAAUUACUAUGUUUCUGUUUUAAUCUGCAGGUUUAAUAGACACUGAGACAGUGUUUCCUUAUCUGCCACAGACUGGGAAGAGCUUAUAUCAUCUGGUAUCAGAGGGCAGUUCCUAUCCACAAUACUAGCUGAGUUAUCACUUGAAGAGGACAAGUGGAAGAAGACAGAUACAGUUUAGCUUUCUCUGCAGGAGCCUAUAGACUUGUGCAGUGUAAGACGAAUACAAAGCCAAUGCUAACAUACUUAAACUGGCUAUUAUUGUCUAUAUACACUUUUUUUUAACAACUAACCAGUUCUGCAAGGUUUGUGUAGUCAACUCCUUGCUCACUUUUUUUUUAAACAACUAACCAGUUUUGCAAGGUUUGUGUAGUCAACUCCUUGCUCUAACAGUGAGCACAUACAGCUGCUGUACUAUGUGUACUAGGGGGCACUGUGGAAGUAUAUGGGUUACUUUAGCACUUACAUUGACUGUAUGGCUGGCAAUGGCUCAUUCCCAAGAAGCAAACAAUAUUGCCACAGAGGAUGAAUUCAUUGAAGCUGUCCUGCAUACCUAUGGAGUCAAUGGGAACCUCAGUGCCAGCCAUGUGGGCAGGAUGCUGGAUGGCUGUGGGAGACCUGAGGAGAUGCACUCAAGUUUUAACAAGUGCUUUGCUAAUGAAGAAAUAUUUGCUCAUUAUGGAAACCAAGUUACUGAGAAUAACUUUCGAGAUGCAUGUCCUGCCCUCUUAUACUUAAUGUUAACUCACCCAUGUAACUACGAGGAAGAAUCCUAUCAAAGGCCCACCGCUGCACAAGUUUGGGGGUUUAGCUUUCUUACAGUGUCCAUCAUUAACUUGACAUCACUUCUUGGACUCUUUAUUACCCCUCUUGUAAAGAAGCCUUAUUUUCCCAAAAUAUUAACUUACUUUGUGGGAUUGGCCAUUGGAACCUUAUUUUCAAAUGCUAUAUUUCAGCUUAUUCCAGAGGCAUUUGGAUUUGAUCCUAAACAUGAUAAUUACAUUUCCAAAGCAGUGGCUGUUUUUGGAGGCUUCUACUUACUAAUGUUUGUUGAGAGAAUAUUGAAAUUGACUCUGAACGUCUACGGAGAGGGAGUCCACAGUCACUUAGAAAUUGACCACCCUCCUCACCAGGAAAUGAAUACAGAACACCAAAAGUGCAAAGGUACAAAUGGAGCCACAAUGUUUGUGAAUUCUGCCAUAGAAGAAGUAAAUGGUGCUGUUUGCCCAGAUCAAGUCAGUGUGGUUUCAUCCAAGGGCUCAGAUGAAGGAGCUCAUUGUUGCAGAGUAAGAAAAUGGACACCGCUGAAGGAUAUCGGAACACUAGCUUGGAUGAUUACAUUAAGUGAUGCCCUACAUAACUUUAUUGAUGGACUUGCUAUUGGAGCUUCAUUUACCCUGUCCCCAUUGCAGGGGCUGAGCACAUCUAUUGCGAUUUUUUGUGAAGAGUUUCCCCAUGAAUUUGGUGAUUUUGCGAUCUUGAUAAGUUCCGGAAUGAGCAUUCCCCAGGCAUUAUUCUUCAACUUUCUUUCAGCUUGCUCAUGUUACGUUGGAAUGGUGUUUGGUGUUCUAGUGGGCAAUAACUUUGAACCUAACAUCAUCUUUGGAAUAGCUGGUGGAAUGUUUCUGUACAUAGGCCUGGCAGAUAUGUUUCCAGAAAUGAAUGAAAUGCUCAAAGACAAGAUAAAAGGGAGAAAAUCCGAUUUGGUGUAUUUUAGCAUUCAGAAUGCUGGCCUGCUCUCCGGUUUUGCCAUCAUUUUAUUAAUAACCCUGUAUGCUGGAGAAAUCAAACUGGGAUAAUAUGGGUUGCUGGAAUGGCUAGAAACUCCCAGGAAGAUAUAAUACAUAGAUACUUUAAUACAAUUUGAUCUUCUCUUUCUUCUCAAGAAGCGGUGAUGGAUAAUCAAUGUUUAUGCACACUUGGAUGAAAAAUACAAAGUUAAAAUCUAAGAACUUUACAAUUGGAUUCAAGGCGUGAACAGCAAACUGCUGCUACUUUGAGAGAAGCAAAUAUUUAUAUGUAUAUUUAUUGAAUGCACCAGGCAUUUACCUGUACAGUGUUAUAGUGAGCCAACGGUGUUACAAUAUAUGACACAUAUACAGUACUGGCAGCUCUUGCACCUUCAUUCCAUGUGAUUUUGGAAAGUAAAGGAAUCAAUUAAUAAGCUCAAGUCCAAAUCACAUUCAAAAUUUUUUUUAAUUGUUUUUCAGUCUAGGGUUCUUUGAUCAAUGCUCAUGUUUUCUUUUGUUACCAACCUUUUGUAUUUCCUGUUGCAUUUUAAAACGAACAAACUUGUAAAGGACUAUUGGAUAUCCCUAUGUCAAUGUGUAAAAGUAAAAAAAAAAUAUUUUUUAUAUAUGUAUAAAUACAAGA